CCACGCCUUCCCGAGGCUCCUCCCACGCCGCGCGGCCCGAGUCUUCGACCCAGUUCACCUGAACCCCACAGCGGGACAUGGUGACCCUGGUGGGGGGUGCGACCUGCCAAGACCAAGGGCUUCAUGCUGAACCGAGAGCAAGUCCGGCCGAGCACUCGAGGGCCUCUGCGGUCAGAAACAAGGCGGCGGUGGCCGGGUAGCUGGCGCUAGUUUCAGGCCAGCGAACAGCUGCUGGGGCUAGACCGUCAUGGGAGAGGCCAGUAGAGAUGAGUAUAAAAUCCAGUCUUUUGAUGCAGAAACACAGCAGCUGCUGAAGACCGCACUCAAAGAUCCAGGUGCUGUGGACUUGGAGAAAGUGGCCAAUGUGAUUGUGGACCAUUCUCUGCAGGACUGUGUGUUCAGCAAGGAAGCAGGACGGAUGUGCUACGCCAUCAUCCAGGCAGAGAGUAAGCAAGCAGGCCAGAGUGUCUUCCGUCGUGGGCUCCUUGACAGGCUCCAGCGGGAGUACCAGGCCCGGGAGCAGCUUCGGGCUCGCUCCCUGCAGAGCUGGGUCUGCUAUAUCACCUUUAUCUGCAACAUCUUUGACUACUUGAGGGUCAACAACAUGCCCAUGAUGGCCCUGGUCAACCCUGUCUAUGACUGUCUCUUCCAGCUGGCUCAGCCCGAGAGUCUAAGCAGGGAAGAGGAGGCCUCAGCUCCCUGGCCCGGCUGCUUCUGCUGGAGAUCAUUGAGUUCCGGGCAGCUGGCUGGAAAACCACUCCUGCUGCCCAUAAGUAUUACUACAGUGAGGUUUCUGACUGAGCUAGGCUCCACAUGUCUAUGGCUAAGCACACCCUCCUUUCAAGUUGGCACCAGAAUCCUUGCCUCAGAGACCUUUCCAGACUCACCUUCCCUCACUCUGGAGUCGUGAAGAAAUGAGACCUGGUCUCCUGAAUGGAGACUGCCCUAUCACCCCUUCCUGCAAGUCCUUUCAGCUUCUUUUUCCCACUUCCACCCGGGCCAGGCAGGUAAAGGCCUAACAACCACCGAACUGUGUAACCACUGCUGCAAUACUACCUUGGUGCCUCAGUUUCCCCAUCUGUAAAAUGGGCAAUAAUAGCCAUUGGUGGGAUGCUUUGGGAUGUGUUUAAGGGCAGAGAGAGUACAAAUUACAAGAGAAGUAGUGUUUUGUUUUUCGAGACAGGGUUUCUCUGUGUAGCUUUGCGCCUUU